AAAUUAAUGCUUCAAAAAUGGAAAUGGCGGUUCCACAGCUCCAAGAACUAGCGCAAAAGAAAGAGGAAGAACUCCAAAAGAUACGCGAGCAGCAAGCCCAGGCACUAGAGACGGCUUUAAAAACUAUAGAGGAAGAGCUGGAGGAGGAGAGAGGGAAGAGGAAAGCCCUGGAAGAUGACUUUAAGUACAAUCUUGGACUCAUAGAACAAAGGGAUCAAGAGCUCCUCCAAUAUGAAACAGUAUUUCAGCAACUUAAAAAAGUUAUUGAUAGCCAUGUUGCUGAGCUGAGCGACCUUCAUGUUCAAAUAGACGAACUUCAGAAUAAAUUGAAACAAGAAAGUCUUGAGAAAGGACAACUCAAGCAAUACUAUAUUCAGCGUAUAGAGCAACAGCAAUGUCACAUGGAUCAGUACUGUAAAACAAAGGAUAAGGAAAUUGCAGAGCAGAGGCUGGAGUAUGAGCAACUUCAGAAGAAACUUCAGCAACGGUUGCUUCAAAUCGAAGAAGAGUUGGAGAGUGAGAGACAGCAGAUGACAAUACAGCACGAAGACAAGUUAAAAUCGCAAGGACAGGAUUUUCAAAAGAAGCUAGAUGAAAUGGCUGCAGGUCUUUUAUCAAAAGAAUCACACAUUCGUCAGCUUCAACGUGAACUCUCUACUCUUCAAAGUUGCAGAGAUGAGACGCAGCAGAAAGCGUCCAGUGUCGAAGAGAGAGUAAAGGAGUUAGAAGUACAACUAAGAGACAAAGACUGGGAGCAUACUGACUCCAUCAGUACACUAGAAGCAAGGAUAUCAGAACUAGAGGGACAGUUGACACACGCAGAAGCUACUAACAAAACUAUAAGAAGAGACUAUGACAUCAGACGUGUCGAGUUAGAGAGACUUUCGAAAGAAAAAGAGACUGCACUUCAGACAGCAAAAGAGUGCCAUCGUGUUCAUGAAUCUGAGCUCGAGAAGCAACUUGCUGAAAUGAGAGCUACACUGGAACAGACAGAGAUAGAGGGAAGACGAAAGGAAUGGACUCAUAAAGACCAACUGACAGAGAAAGACAUAUCCAUUGAAAAGCUGCAAAGUGAACUGAUGAGAACAAGAGAGGAAGGAGAGAGACUCACAGCGCAACAUGCACAGGAUAAAGUACAGGCUGAUCUGAGGCUACAGUCAUUGGAGGACUCGUAUGAUAAAAUUAAAAAUGAUCUUCAUGCACGUAUCCAAGACCUUGAAAGAUACAAACAUGAGCUGAAUUUAUCAAAUGAGAGAGAGCGAAGUCUAGAGCGUUCAAAGAAUCAAAUGGAACUGGAUUGGCAGGUAAGACUGGAAGAGAUGGAAAGAAGCCAAUAUGGCCGCCAGGAAGAACUCCUAAAAACUUUAACUAAAGCAAAAGAUGAGGCUCUUGUGUAUUGUAAACAAGUUGAAGAAAAGUUGAUUGAAAGAGUGAGAGUGUGCGAGAGCUUAAGACAAGAAAGAGACAUAGCUCUUGAUGCUUUAAAAAAGAAGGGACUCACACAAAUUUCUCAUGAGAUAUUACAAGGCAGAGGUUCAACUACUAACAUUGAGUCACUUCAGUGUCAAAACGAAGAAUUGAGAGAAGUCAUAAAACACAUGAGAAACGAAAUGGAGAAAUUAGCUGCUGCGUCGGAUGACCUAGAAUGUAAUGAGCAGCUUCAGAGGGAAGACAAAAAAGAUGGCCACUGCUCAAGAAGCUAUGUUAAAUACAUAGAGAGAGAGCUGGGAAGAUUAAAGCAAGAGAAUCAAAAACUUCAAGAGGUGAGCUCUGCCUUCAGCAAGAAACCCCCGGCAGUUCCUACUAAAAGGCCAAAAACUGACCCACAAGUGUCACAGGCAUUAAAGACAGCCGUAGCCUCUUUUCAAAAAGAGAAGGCAACUUAUGAGUUUGAUUUAGCUCAGUUGAGAUCAAGAGUGAGGCAGCUAGAAUCAUCAAUGAGCAUUAAACAAGAGCAAGUUUACAUGGAAAAGGCUUUGCAGGUGCCUCCUGACAAAGUUCGCCAAAAGCUCCUGCAGGCCACACAAGUUAUCAUACAGUUAGUGAAAGAAAGAGAGGAAUGGAAGAUCAAAGAAGAAGAACUGACUACAUUAGUAAAUCAAUUGCAGCAAAGCAUUAGGCAGAAUGAAGAGGAGUCAUUAGUGGUUAGCCACACAGAGCAGGAGAAUAUACCACCAUCCCAUGAGAUGAAGGCAGAGUCUUUUAGUAGUUCUGUUCCUGGGAAUGUCUCAUCACUUCAGUCUAAAACUCACCAAAAAAGUAUUCCUAUUCCUUCUGGUCACAUGUCUUCUUAUGAGGGACUUUCAAAACUACUAAAGUCCAGGCCACUCUCUUGUAGACUCAAUAUACCUGAAAUACUCACUCCUCAAAGACCUGUUCAGGACCCACUGUCACCAAAAAGAAAACCCUCACCGGACCCAGUGCCAGCAACUGCUCAUGAUAGUGUCUCACUGUCUCCAUUGAGAUUCUCAGACUCCUCUUAUUCCAGUGGUAUGCAGGGACUUCAAAAAGCACUCCAACUUAUGGAUGGAGCUACAGUUAGUCCAACUCUUCCUUCAUUCUCUCAUAGCUGCAAGUCAUCAACUCCUCUGAAGGAUAGAGUUGAUGAUGAUGAGAUUAAAGAGGACACUGGUGCUGCUCUCAUGAUGGUUGAGGGUAGGAAAGUUCCUCAAAGUAUUACGAGAAAGAGCAAAGUCACUUACGCUGCUCCUCGACUUAAAAAAUCAUCGAAACCAAAAAUUAGAAAUUAUAAUAAUAAGGAUGAUUUAUAGUGAACUAUAUAAAUAAAAAUUAUAAUGUGUCUAUAUCGGAAUUAUAAUAUCACAAAAAUUAA